AUGAAUAUCUCAGACGAGACCGUCCAGAAGGUCCAGAAGUUUGUCGAAAACCGCCAAGAAGCAGAGCGCGAGUCAAAAGAAGAGCCUCUUAGCGAAACUGCUCUGCAUGUUUACACCCGGCGUCUGGAUGCGACCUUACAAGGACUACAAGAGCAACUUCGGGAACUCAACUCUCUUGACUUGUCAGAAACAGGCACGGAUAUCCGGGCUCGUAUCUCCCAAGCCCGACGGGCCAAGAAAGCAUACGACUCGCUUCUCAAAUCCAACGAUGAGCUCCCAGCGACAGACUCAGCAUUACCAUCACUUUUAGCCAUCGAGGAGACUACACGCCUUGUUCAAGAGAGCAAGAUGUCGGUCAAGAUGACGGCGGAACAGCUGUCCGUGGACCGCGAGCGCCUGCGAUUUGAAGAGGGCAAUCUCCGCGACUCUCAAUCAAUUGCAAGCGGACUCCGCGAGCGGAUCCAGAGGAUUCGAGAUACGAAUUCGAGAAAAGAAGAGCAGACCCCAUCACAGGUGGCGCGGGAGCAGCUCGCUGAGCAAAGAAAGCGAAACAAAGACCUAGACCGGACGACUGCAAAGCUCAAGGUCUCGCUGGAUAAGUUCAUCGAUGAGACUCUUGCUCCGAUGCUUGCUGCUGAGGACCUGGGUGGCCCAACUGUUGGUGAUGAGUUCGAGGUGUCGGAUGCUGCACUGAAGGCUGGUUAUACGGCCCAUGGCAAGCCCAAGAAGCAGAAAGAGCCGGUAGAAGCGGAGAGUGGAUCGCAGCAGCGAAUUGAUAAGUUUAUGAAACGCAACGCCGAGGAAAGCCCUGUCAACAAAAGGGAAGCAGCCGCGAAGGAAAUGCAUGAUCUACUCAAUGAUAUGUUGGAGGCGAACGCCUCCUAUAUUGAUUUGAAACGUGACUCGGCAGCUUCAAGAUUCCUUGUGAGGGCCAAGGUCGCGCAGUUCCACCCUCGGGAUGCACGCCGGCUUCGAUUGAUCGAUUUUGGCCGCUCAUUAAGCAAUUGA